UUACCUGGAGUCCUGGUUUUUCGUGUAUCACGACCACUAAGCGAAUGUGAGGAUGAAGAACAAGAACACUACGUGAUCACGCGCCGCAUUGUCACGAGCAACGAACUUUUGACAGCACGGCAGCCAAAAUUUCUGCUCGCAUCUCCGCAACUGCCAGGAUGGUCGCGACAGUGGUAAAACUAUUCCACCUGUUCGCGUUCAUGCUUUACGCCUUUUGCAUCUACUACUUCAAGUUUCACCUGGACAUACCUCAGAGAAGCGCCAGUCAAAGGCGCUUCGGACGUUACAAGUUCCUCACGCAUUGGAACCUUGCCUUACAAACUGUCGUCUUCUUCGUGUGCUGCGUCAUCGACUUCCUAGGGGUUUCUAGCAGCAGUCGAUUAACCCGUAUACGCGAUCACGUGAUCCUGUCAAUAUCCGUCCCCGUAUGCAUGUUCGUCACCACCUUCUUCUGGUCCUUGUACUACAUCGACCCCAACUUCAUGUUCCCGCCAGUGCUGUCACUCUACUACCCUUCGUGGUUGAACCAUAUGGUGCACACGGUUCCUCUCGUGUUGAUCGUGAUCGAAAUAUGGCUCUACCGCCAUCAACAGCCGUCGCGGGAGGCGGGCGUUACGAGUCUUAUGUGCUUCAGCGCAGUCUAUGUAUUGUGGAUGCAGUACCUCGGUAUAGUAUAUAACAUCUGGGUUUACUCCGUCCUGGAAAUACUGUCAUUCGGCGAAUACGUGCUCUUCAUAGCGUUUAGCGGGUGCGUUGUGCACGUGUUUUACAUUUUCGGAGAGAAGCUCAAUCUGACCUUGUGGCAUCGCGACGUCAAUUCGGACCGAGGACAGAGUCCCGGUGGACCUGAUAGGUGAAUAGGGCAUGCGAUUGUUUCUGACUGGGCUCUCCGGAAAGAAUGCGUUUCGAUAGCAAAAUCUGAAUAAAUUGUGCGUGCUUUAUAAAGCUA